GGGAGUUGUGGUAAGGGGGAGCCAAAGGACAGCAUGUCCGCUUCGUGGAUGUUAUGGUUUCGGGAGCACAUUGUUUGACCACGGUCCAGAUCAGAAUUGUUCCAGAACAAAUUUCCAAGCCACCCCCCUCUCAGAAAGGUAGGUACAUGGGGAACUGACUUCCUUUGAAGCUGGGAAGUUCCAGGUGCUCACUUCGCUGUCUGAGAAUCAGGGGCUCCAUGGGGUCGUUGGACCAUGAGGCAAGAUUCUUCCCGGUCUAGACAAUGUUUCUCGCCGCCAUCAAGCACCCUCUCUGGCUUUGGCUACUACCUGGAACAAAGUAUAUAGUGAGUCACUCCGUGGUGGCUUGCUUGUCUGGCCUUUUUCCGCUGCCCGGACGGAGGUGUACAGAUGACUUUGAAGGCGUCAGCGACCCGGAAACACUGUCUAACAUGUCGGUGAGGCCGACAACAAGACCUAAAGACAGACGAGUGGCCUUAGCAAAGGACUUUAUUGAAACCUGGUGCAUGCACAUGGCCCUAGAGUGACGAAAACGGACCCCAUGAAUGCAAUGACUGUCACCGGUGACACAACGACAACGCCGAUCUCUGCACGGGCAAUGCCAUGUCCAUCAAUCCAUUACCGCAUUUGCGUAGUCCCGUUGCACAACACGGUCCUCCGUUCCUGCAUCUUGCCCUCACCGCUACUCACUCGUUCAGACACCCCGGCAUAGGAAAGUUGAGGAGGAACGCAGCCGUCGUCUUUGACGUUGAAGCGCGCUCAAUGUGUCUCGAUUCCACAUUGACCAGAAAACGACCCGUCGGGAUUCAAAUCCAGGUCGCACCUAUUUUUGCCGCCCCAGGCAACCAAAUCCCAAACCACCCAAGACGCACGGAAAACAAGCAAGGCAAAACCCAGGUCAGGUAGGCGAUCGGGGGAAGUUGGCGGGAGAUUUACAAUAACAACAACAACGUACCGUCUCAAAAUUGCGUCAAUGGAUUGUCGAUUGUGACGGUAUACACACUCCUAGUUAACCCAGGUACUAGGGACGCAAUAUAGCUUGAACAUAUCUGUCUGCUGAGGAACCGUCCACAGCCCAUCUGUCACGUCACAGCAUUGUCAUGAAAACAUUACGCCGGCAGGAGGCCAGGACAGAAUUCGCCGAAUGCACAACGCCCUGUGGCCAUGUGUGCAUGCGGCAAGACGGAUGGGUAGGUAGUGUCGACAUAACGAUGAUAACAUGAUAGCAC